CGGGUUGAAGACGGAAUAAGCGCUGAGUUCUCCGGGCUGACGAGGCGCGGGACUCCGGAGCCCUUCGUACAGCCAGUAGAAGAGCGAGACGACGAAGAAGGGGAGCCCGAACUCCAGCUCAGCAAAGAGCCCGAGGAGGACCAGCCAGAGCAGGAGCUUGAGCGCGAACAGGUGGGAGGUGAGGCGGUGUUGGGAGGCGAGCCACCGACCCGGAGCGCUGUCCAGCAGCCAGUCGCUGCCAUCCUGCGGAGGCAGAGCGGUCACACUGGAUAUUCUGACACGUGAUCCGCUCAACUGACACCCAUAUAAACUUCCCUGAAACAGCUGGACCGCACCUGACGUCGAGGGUCGUCAGCAGCAGCAGCAGCAGCAGAGCGGCUGCUCUCGGACGUCGCUUCCGCCUGUCCACUCUCAGUAACUUCACUUUCCGGCUGUGGCUCACCGCUCGGCUCCUUCUUCAGGACGUCCUCCGCCCGUCGUCGCUCUCUGAACUCCGCCAACUUCUUCUCCAUCGUCGCGCAAGUGGCCAGACGGCGAGGUGAAACCGCCAGUUUCACUUCACCGCCGAACACGCAUUUGUUUACAAGUCCACGCAGCUGCCGUAAGUGACGUCGCGACGCUCUGCCGUAAACGGUGUCGCGAACUUCCUGCCCAACAGAUUCGUGGCUGGCUCGACAGCGGCUAACCGACUGCUUGUUUUCCUCGCGCCGAGAUUCCAGCGGUACCCACAGCUCUCCAGCAGCCCGUGUGUGCGCGGCGGACAUGGCCUCGGCUCCUGCGCAGCAGCCCACGCUCACGGUGGAGCAGACCCGAGUGGUGCUGAGCGAGGUGAUCCAGGCCUUUGCUGCGCCGGAGAACGCGGCGAGGAUGGAGGAGGCCCGGGAGGGCGCCUGCAACGACAUGGGCAAGAUGCUGCAGCUGGUGCUGCCGGUGGCCACGCAGAUCCAGCAGGAGGUCAUCAAGGCCUACGGCUUCAACAACGAGGGCGAGGGGGUCCUCAAGUUCGCCCGCUUGGUGAAAAUGUACGAAACUCAGGAUCCGGAAAUCGCCGCCAUGUCAGCCAAACUCAAGGCCCUGCUCCUGCCGCCGCUCUCCACGCCACCUAUGGGAGGCGCCAUUCCCGCUUCCUAGAAACACCUGGCAACACUUCCAGCCACACGACCUAUGAAAUUCCAUAAGUUAUUGUUUGUCAGUAUUUAUUUCCUUGUUUUUCUUUUAUACAUUUUUUAACUUUUAAUGUGGAAUAAGAUGUUUUGAGAAUAAAGAACGUAAAGAGCGAA